AUGGCCCUGUUUGAGCGAUCAUCGGCAGACAGGCGUUUUGAGACUGGAGGAUACGAAAACAGAAGCGAUAUGGAUACAGCAAUAUCAAUGGGAUUACAGGAGGACACUACAGACGAGAAGGAUGCAUUGGUACAGAAUCGAUCGGGACUGGGUGGGCACCUUGGAUCCUCACACUCUACAACUGACAGCACUUUGAAACCAGACAGAUCUGCAACCUAUCGCUCAGCUCUGGAGCCUUUUGUGCUGUUGAUGACUGUAUUGCCCAGGAAUGGUCAAACUGGCCCCUAUCUGAUCGAAACCAUCAUGGAGCAGGACCUAUCAUUCAAUGUAUAA